UAUGCUUGGCUCGGGCGCGUGGGGGCCGCAGGAGUUUGGCAGCGAAGCGUAAAAGCGUAGCAAUGCGCGCGCGUGCGCGUGGGGGGGCCUGUGUGGUGCCCGGGAUUGUAACUUGGCAGUCAGCGGGCGAGCUUGGGUUGCCAGGGCACCCUUUUCCAUCCACAUUGGCUCCACCGUCAGAACGAAGAGCGUCGGGCACCGUUAUUUUGCUCGGGCUAGGCUUUUUUUCGACAGUGGAAUCGCAAUAG